AUGGGCUCAGAGACAGCGCCCGUGCCCGCGACACUGCGGAAGAGGGUGUUGAAAGUAUUAUUCAUUUCCCUCCUACUUGACUUGAUAUCAUUUACAUUCAUCCUCCCGCUUUUCCCCAAACUAAUCGAAUUCUACCGUAACCACGAAACCGGCGACCCAAAUACGAUCCUCUCCAAAAUCCUCGCCGGUCUCAACGCAUACAAGAACUCAUUCGCGAAGCCCAUCAACUCUCGCUACGACAUUGUCCUCCUCGGCGGCGCACUCGGCUCGCUCUUUUCCCUUUGCCAGGCGAUCGCAUCGCCCUUUAUUGGCACGCUCUCAGACAAAUAUGGAAGACGUACUGCACUGCUGUGGUCCAUGAUUGGCAACAUCUUUAGCGUAGCACUAUGGGUUGCAGCCACAGACUUCCGGACUUUCCUUGCGAGCAGGAUCGUGGGUGGACUGAGCGAGGGCAAUGUGCAGCUUGCCAUGGCGAUUGCUACAGAUAUCAGCGAUGACAGCCAGAGAGGGUCAACAAUGGCGCUCGUGGGUGUCUGCUUCAGCAUCGCUUUUACAUUUGGACCAGCUCUGGGUGCAUAUCUCUCAACGCUGCAGAUCAUGGACAAGAACCCCUUUGCCAUGGCAGCGGGCUUCUCCCUGUUUCUCAUCGUCUCGGAGACAAUUUACCUAUACGUCAGCCUUCCAGAGACGCUUCCUUCGGCAAGCAAGAGCGAGAAUGGCAUGGCAAAUGGAAAAGUCAAGGACGUGGACAAGCCGAAGCCUCGUAUCCGGACGAACUCACACUUUCUUCUCAACGCCACUCAUUUUACCUUUAUCCUGUUCUUCAGCGGCAUGGAGUUCUCACUUCCUUUUAUGACCUAUGACCUGUUUGCCUACCAAGCAAAGGAUUCGGGACGGCUACUCGGGUUCAUUGGAUUGGUUGCAUCACUACUCCAGGGGUCAGUGGUGCGCCGCAUGCACCCACUCAAGGUGGUCCAGAUGGGAGUCGUCAGCUGCACCAUCGCCUUUGUUAUGUUGGGCAGGGUGCAGACGCAGGGCGCACUCUAUGGGGCAGCUGCCCUUUUGGCCGUGACGAGCGCGACGGUUGUGACUGGCUUGAAUAGUUUAUCAUCUUUCGAAGCUGGCGCGGGCGAACGUGGAAACAAACUUGGAAAUCAUCGAAGUUUCGGCCAAAUCGGACGUUCUCUAGGACCCUUGGUCUUCUGCACGCUAUACUGGUGGGCAGGCCGAGAAACAGCAUACGCGACCGGAGCUGCGGGUAUGGUGGCCGUGUGCGGAUUGGUGUUUGGAGGGCUGGAGGUACCGCCUGGCACCGAAAACAUUGGCAAGAAGAAGCAGAAGACAGUCGAGAACAUGGACCCUACAACCACUGCUGCAGCCCUGGCUGCUGCUUCGGCUCUUGCUGCAUACGUCAAUGCAAAGUAUCACGUUGCACAGGACAUCAAGACGCUGAAGUUUAAGAGAAGCUCGACAAAGUACUAUGAGCAGCUUGUGAAAACAAACCGCCAAUCCCCGUGGUACAAUUUCCCCCCGCAAGUAGAAAGGUACGGCGACAACUUGUGCGUCUGGUCCCGCGCCAAAACCUACACAUGGCGACAAGUCCACGACCGCGCCGUGCAGUGGGCGAACUUCUUCCUUGCACAGGGCGUGAAACCUGGCGACAUGGUUGCCACCUACCUCAUGAAUAGUGCCGAUUUCAUGGUCAUCUGGCUCGGUCUCUUCUGCAUCGGUUGUGCUCCAGCCCAUUUGAACUACAACCUGAAAGACGAGGGACUAGUGCACUGCUUGAAAAUCGCCGGAGUAAAGCUUGUGCUUGUUGAUGAAGACCAAGGUUGUUGGGAGAGAUUCGAAGAUGCCAGAGCCACAGUGGAAGACAUGGGCGUCCGUGCGUUCAAGGUGGACGAGAAUAUGCUGGCAGAAGUUUAUCGGGGAAGCACUGUGGUACCAGGCGAUGAAUACAGGGAAAACGUACGCGGAAGGGAUCCCACGUGUUUGCUCUAUACGUCUGGAACAACCGGACUACCAAAAGCAGGCAAGUACAUGGUCAGCCGGUUUCACGAGAGGGGAGAUCCAGACAAUCUCAACUUCGGCCAGAGGGCUGGCCCAGACGGCGACCGGUGGUACUGCUGCAUGCCUCUAUUCCAUGGAACAGGAGGAAUGCUUACUCUGAGUGCAAUGACGAGUGGCUUGAGCGUGGCGAUAGGACGCAAAUUCUCCGUCCGCACAUUCUGGGACGAUAUCCACGACUCGCAGGCGACAAUGUUUGUCUACGUUGGUGAAACAGCGCGGUAUUUACUCAUGGCGCCACCACACCCGAAAGAGAGGGAUCAUCGACUACGCGGCAUGUAUGGCAACGGCAUGCGCCCAGAUGUUUGGCGUCGGUUUAAAGAGCGCUUCAACGUCCCAGAGGUCAUGGAAUUCUUCAACUCGACCGAAGGCGUGCUGGGUCUGGUUGUCCACAACAAGGGCCCUUUUACGGACAACGCUCUUGCUCAGCACGGUGCUCUUGUCAGAGCAGCACUGCACAACAUAUACAUACCUGUAGCUGUUGACCCAGAGACUGGAGAUCUGCUACGCGACCCCAAGACUGGCUUUGUCAAGCGUAAUUCGUACAAUGAAGGUGGCGAAAUUCUAGUUGCCGUACCCAGUGAGGACACGUUUGCUGGAUACCACAACAACCCCAAAGCCACGGCGAAGAAGUUUGAAAGAGACGUUUUCAAGAAAGGAGACCUGUACUAUCGAUCUGGCGAUGCGCUAAGAAGAGAUGACGAUGGUAGAUGGUUCUUCAUGGACAGACUGGGUGACACAUUCCGCUGGAAGAGCGAAAACGUAUCAACGGCCGAAGUUGCCGAAGUGCUAGGAAAGUUCCCUGGCGUUGAUGAAGCUAUCGUAUACGGUACACUGGUUCCCAGGCACGACGGUCGUGCUGGCUGUGUUGCUCUCCGCUUAUCCCCUGGCACCAGCCCCGAGGCAUUCGACUGGAAGGCCCUGCUGGAAUAUGCGCGCGGCAAGUUGCCAAGAUAUGCAGUACCCGUGUUCCUGCGGCUGGUCAAAGAAGCAAGUAAUACAGAUAAUCAGAAGCAGAACAAGGCGCCGUUGAGGAAUGAGGGCAUUGAAAUCGACAAGUACGGAACUAAGGUUGUUGGGGGUGAAAAUGAUAUCGUCAUGUGGAUGAAGCCUGGUGAAGAUAGAUAUGUGAGAUUUACCCUGCAAGAUUUGGAGGUGCUGAGAAGUGGGAAGAUUACGUUGUAG